ACACAAACCGGAAGCAAUUACGUUGUCAGCGUGUAGCGGUACAGACGCUCGAAAGCUAACCCGUUAGCUAAAGGCUAUUGGACAGCUGUCCAGUCUGUUCCCAGUUCCCCUAGGUAGCCUCACGCACUGAUGUUACUACGUUUAGCUAUGCACCGAGAUGUUAUAAACGUUUAGCUAUGCACUGUGCAGUAUGUAUUAGUCUAAGAUGUAAUGUAACUGGCAUACUCGUUCCUGCCAGGUAAGCUCAAAAGAGCGAAGUUGCCAGAGGUGGGACCCAGCCGGAGGACCAUAUCAGCGCUCACGUGAAGCUUAUUGAAAGUCACAAUGAAACGCCUAUCGGCGUUCUGCAAAUUAUUGCAAAGAAGAAAUAAUGACGAGUUGCUUGUCCGUUCCUCUGACACCAAUGGGGACCUCAAGGUUUGAGUUCUUCAUCCAAACAACACCGGAGACUUACUUAGUCCUCUCGUAGCCAUGCGGAUCACUUUAUGCCAAGGCGUGUUAACCGGGGCCAUCAUCCUCAACCUCCUCAUCCUUUACUACGUGUCUCGAGCUCAGCAGCAAAUGAUGGAGAAGAGGAAGGAACACGGCAGGGCCACCAGGAGGGCUGCCUUACCUGGCUCUGCUCUGGAGGGAGGCAUAGGAUUCAUUGGGCCUGGAGGUGAGCCCAGAAUGGCAGGCGUGUCAAAUAAUAACCAUCGGAGCCCACGCGUGACCGUGCUUCUCCGCGAGUUUGAAAACUUUGAGAAUUACGUCGGGGAUGUCGCCAAUGCCUUCCUGAGACAAAGACCCGAGCUCCCCUUUCUGGUUGUGGCCGACACACCACCGUACCCGCCUCUGGAUCUUCCGGAUGGCUCUCGCCUCCUGCUGCUUUCACCGAGCCCGGACCAGCCACCGCAAGCGCACAGGCCCGAGUUUCACGUCCAGACGGAGUUUGCGCUUCUCGUACCGGACGGUGUGGAAUUGGAGCCGUCUCGAGCUAUUGAUAGGCUGAUUAAGGAGCUGGAAGGCGAGGGUGGCGGUCCGGUAAGGCUGGUGGCUUCACCCGUUUUGUCUCGAUCCGCUGUACAGUGUCUCCAUCUGAGGGUGAACCUCCGCGAGUGGACCGCUACUUACUCAACCGCUGCGUCCGGGAGUAGCGGCAGCGUAUGCACGGCCUUGCACGGCGACGCCGUGGUGCUCAUCCGCACGGAGGAUCUAUUUAAUCUUUCGGUGCCGCUCGGCCGGCCCUUGUUCUCCUCGCUCUUCAUCCAGACCACGCUGAGGGGCUGGAAGGUGAAGCUAUUAGAGAGCCCUUGUUUCUCAGCCAACCACCGACCCCUCUUCAGCUCGGCUCACAACCAGUGGAAGGCGGACACUCGCUUGAAGGAGGCCACGGGGAAGCUGAUGAGGAGCUUCGGUUUGAAGCGUCUCCUGCUGCCAGAGGGGAAGGAGCAGUGGCACGGCUGCGGCAAGGAGACGGCCCGCUGCUUCGGCACAGUGCAGGACGACACGCCGGACUACCUCUAUCUGGAUCGCUGGACGCCUCCGUGUUGUUUGCGUGCACUUCGAGAAACCGCCAAAUACGUCAUUAACAUCCUGGAGAGCUCUGGGGUGCGCUACUGGCUCGAAGGCGGCUCUCUGUUAGGCGCCGCCCGUCACCAGGACAUCAUCCCGUGGGAUUACGACGUGGAUCUGGGAAUCUACCUGGAGGACGUGCCCAACUGCGAUCACUUGAAGAAUCUGGACUCCGGCUCACUGGUGGACGCCAAUGGCUACGUGUGGGAACGCGCGGUGGAGGGCGACUUCUACAGGGUGCAGUACAGCGAGGCCAACCACCUGCACGUGGACCUGUGGCCCUUCUACCCCCGCAACGGCGUCAUGACCAAAGACACGUGGACGGAGCACAAGCAGGACAUGGAGUUUCCGGAACAUUUCCUGCAGCCGCUCGUGCCCAUGCCCUUUGCUGGCAUCAACGCCUACGGUCCGAAUAACCAUCGCGCCUUCUUGGAGCUCAAGUUCGGAGAGGGGGUUGUCGAGAACCCUCAGUACCCCAACCCUGCCAGGAAAAGAUUAGACCGGGCCAAAUUAUGAGGACACCUCAAGUUUGGACUUUGAGUGACUCUGUGUUGAUCUAAUUUAAUGCUGAAUGUUGUGAACAAACUAACAAACAAAACUCUGGACGCGCUGAUCUGUAACGUUUACAGAUCCCCCCAAAAAAAUGGUUUACAAUACAAUGUGUAUGUUGUACAAUAGUGUAAAAUGACUGUGUACAUUUUCACUGUUGAUUUGAUGACUGUACAUUCAUGUAAGGGUAAAUAUGUUUUGCCCUUAUUUGGCUUUUUUUGUGGAUUCACCUUGGUUUACAACUUUGCAUUGAUUUUGUUGAGUCGUUGUUGCACACUUGAAAGUAUGUUAUGUUGUUUACAUGGGAUGAAUCGAAAAGUCUUUGUUGUUGUUGUGACUUUGGAGAGCUUAUAAGGAGCAUAAGCACACUACUACAGUUGUUGUGAGAACACUUGUCUUGAAUAAAUCAUCUUGCUCUACUGUAAAA